GGCGGCGGCCGCCGUCGUCGUGACCGGGCCCCCGGGAACCGGAGUCCACCGCUGUCUAAAGAGAAUCCCUUUUGGCUCCUGGGUGAUGGUGUGUCCCUGACCGAAAGAUGCUUACCCUCUGCUGUGGGAAGAACUGUUUCCUUUUGCUUUGAAGGUUGCAGGCCCGGGAAUGACAAUCCUGUGCAAAUAUGCAUACUUUAAGCUCAGGUGAAGCAACUUUGACGCUUUGGCGUAGACCUUUCCAUUAUGGGUACCCCUGAUGAGAGACUACCUCAGUGGCAUGCGUAUGCAAACUCUCCUGCCCCGAUAAAGCAUCGAUUCAUAGGAGAGACGACGUUAUUACUGUUGAACUCAAGUGGAGCCGCCGGUUACAGGGUUGCCACAAUUUCUACCUCAUGCAUCGUUCCCUAUUGUUGGUGUGCUACAACUUGGCAAAUCUGCGCAGGAGCUCUACCGACUGUCUUAAAAGACUGCUAAAAAAAAAAAAAGCCGAGCUACGUAGUUAAUGCGUAAUGACCUAGGAGUGGGUCAGAGUCUCUAAUAGUUUUGAUUCAUCAAUCUUGGUGGGCACUGAUGAAUGUCAAUUUUAGUGCUGAGUGCUGCAGAUGACAGCUCCUCCUUCCUCCUUUACACCUGAAACAUUUACUUGAGACCUUCUUCCAUCAGAAAGAUCCCAGCUUCUCUCAUUUGGUCCUGGAGACCUUAAUGGAAUACAGUCAUGUCCACACACGACGAGAGGCAGAUUAAUACGGAAUAUGCUGUAUCCCUGCUGGAGCAGUUCAGACUGUUCUAUGAACAGCAGUUGCUAACUGACAUAGUGUUAAUUGUUGAGGGCACUGAAUUCCCUUGUCACAAGAUGGUCCUUGCAACUUGCAGCUCUUAUUUCAGGGCCAUGUUCAUGAGUGGACUGAGUGAAAGUAAACAGACCCAUGUGCACCUGAGGAAUGUGGAUGCGGCCACUUUACAGCUAAUAAUAACCUACGCCUACACGGGUAACCUGGCAGUAAACGACAGCACCGUAGAACAACUGUAUGAGACGGCUUGCUUCCUCCAGGUCGAAGACGUGCUGCAGCAGUGUCGAGAGUAUCUAAUUAAAAAAAUAAACGCCGAGAAUUGCGUGCGACUGUUGAGUUUUGCCGACCUCUUCAGCUGCGAGGAACUAAAAGAGAGCGCCAAGAGGAUGGUGGAGCACAAGUUCGCCGCCGUGUGCCACCAGGACGCUUUCAUGCAACUGUCCCACGACCUGCUGGUCGACAUCCUCAGUAGUGACAAUUUGAACGUGGAAAAAGAGGAGACGGUCCGCGAAGCGGCCAUGCUGUGGCUGGAGUACAACCCGGACUCCCGAUCCCAGUAUUUAUCCUCGGUCCUGAGCCAGAUCCGCAUCGACGCGCUCUCGGAGGUCACCCAGCGGGCGUGGUUCCAGGGCCUGCCGCCCAAUGACAAGUCCGUGGUGGUCCAGGGCCUUUACAAGUCCAUGCCCAAGUUUUUCAAACCCCGCCUGGGGAUGACCAAGGAGGAGAUGAUGAUAUUCAUCGAAGCCGCUUCCGAGAGUCCCAGCGGUCUCUUCUCUUCGGUCUGUUACAGCCCCCAGGCGGAAAAAAUGUACAAGAUCUGCAGCCCCCCCGCCGACCUGCACAAGGUGGGCACCCUGGUGACCCCGGAUAACGACCUGUACAUAGCCGGCGGGCAGGUCCCCCUGAAGAACCCCAAAGUGAACCACAGCAAGACCAGCAAGCUGCAGGCCACCUUCCGGACCGUCAACUGCUUCUACUGGUUCGACGCCCAGCAGAACGCCUGGUUCCCCAAGACGCCGAUGCUCUUCGUCCGCAUCCAGCCGUCCCUGGUGUGCUGCGAAGGGUACAUCUACGCCAUCGGCGGGGACAGCGUGGGCGGGGAGCUGAACCGCCGGACGGUGGAGCGCUACGACCCGGAGAAGGACGAGUGGACCAUGGUGAGCCCCUUGCCCUGCGCCUGGCAGUGGAGCGCGGCGGUCGUGGUGCACGACUGCAUUUACGUGAUGACCCUGAACCUCAUGUACUGCUACUUCCCGCGGUCGGAUUCCUGGGUGGAGAUGGCCAUGCGGCAGACGAGCCGGUCCUUCGCCUCGGCCGCGGCCUUCGGGGACAGCAUCUUCUACAUCGGAGGCCUGCACGUGGGCGGCAACAGCGGCGUGCGGUUCCCCACCAGCACCGUCGACGGGCCUUCCAUCACGGUGGAGAUCUACGACGUGAACAAGAACGAGUGGCGGAUGGCGGCCAACAUCCCCGCCAAGCGGUACUCGGACCCCUGCGUCCGAGCGGUGGUCAUCUCCAAUUCCCUGUGCGUCUUCAUGCGGGAGACCCACUGGAACGAGAGGGCCAGGUACGCCACCUACCAGUACGACCUGGAGCUCGACCGGUGGUCUCUGCGGCAGCACAUAUCGGAGCGGGUCCUCUGGGAUCUGGGCAGGGACUUCCGCUGCACCGUGGGGAAGCUGUACCCCUCUUGCCUCGAGGAAUCUCCGUGGAAACCUCCGACGUACCUCUUUUCCCCCGACGGGGCCGACGAGUUCGAGCUGGACGGGGAGAUGGUCGUGCUCCCCCUGGUAUAGCCGGGGAGUCGAGGCAGGGUCCGGCCGAGCCUCCCGGCCCCGGCGGGCUCCCGGGAGAGACCGAGACCUGGCCCGGCCAGCUCCGGAAACGGACUCCCUCGCGGACUGGGUCUCCGGGGCCCCGUUGGACUCCUGCGGCAGUACCGGGUAUACCGGCCGGCCUCGCGGAGAGAAGAGAUAUGCUUCCGUAAUCUGAUGAAAUAAAUAGCUUAUCCGAUAAUGAAUUGAAAAACCUCGACGUAUAUCCCGGAGGGCUCGAGCGUCCGGGUCCCCCGAGGCCGGACCGAACUCCCGCUCGGAGGCGAGUGCGCUUCACGGAAGCGGUGCCCGGCUGCGACGCUCCGAGAGGCUCUCUCGACGGGC